AUGCGCCUCUCCAAAACCCUUGUCGACAUGGACAUGGCCGACUACAGUGCUGCGCUGGACCCAGCCUACACCACCCUGGAGUUUGAGAAUGUGCAGGUGUUGACGAUGGGCAAUGACACGUCCCCAUCAGAAGGUACCAACCUCAACGCACCCAACAGCCUGGGUGUCAGCGCCCUGUGUGCCAUCUGUGGGGACCGGGCCACAGGCAAACACUAUGGUGCCUCAAGCUGUGACGGCUGCAAGGGCUUCUUCCGGAGGAGUGUGAGGAAGAACCACAUGUACUCCUGCAGAUUUAGCCGGCAGUGCGUGGUGGACAAGGACAAGAGGAACCAGUGCCGCUACUGCAGGCUCAAGAAGUGCUUCCGGGCUGGCAUGAAGAAGGAAGCCGUCCAGAAUGAACGGGACCGGAUCAGCACUCGCAGGUCGAGCUACGAGGACAGCAGCCUGCCCUCCAUCAACGCGCUCCUGCAGGCCGAGGUCCUGUCCCAGCAGAUCACCUCCCCUGUCUCUGGAAUCAAUGGUGACAUUCGGGCAAAGAAGAUCGCCAGCAUCGCGGAUGUGUGUGAGUCCAUGAAAGAGCAGCUGCUGGUGCUCGUCGAGUGGGCCAAGUACAUCCCAGCUUUCUGCGAGCUCCCCCUGGACGACCAGGUGGCCCUGCUCAGAGCCCAUGCUGGCGAGCACCUGCUGCUCGGAGCCACCAAGCGCUCCAUGGUGUUCAAGGACGUUCUGCUUCUAGGCAAUGACUACAUCGUCCCUCGGCACUGCCCAGAGCUGGCAGAGAUGAGCCGUGUGUCCAUCCGCAUCCUGGAUGAGCUGGUGCUGCCCUUUCAGGAGCUGCAGAUCGAUGACAAUGAGUAUGCCUGCCUCAAAGCCAUCAUCUUCUUUGACCCAGAUGCCAAGGGGCUGAGCGACCCGGGCAAGAUCAAGAGGCUGCGUUCCCAGGUGCAGGUGAGCCUGGAGGACUACAUCAACGACCGCCAGUACGACUCACGCGGCCGCUUCGGCGAGCUGCUGCUGCUGCUGCCCACCCUACAGAGCAUCACCUGGCAGAUGAUCGAGCAGAUCCAGUUCAUCAAGCUCUUUGGCAUGGCCAAGAUCGACAACCUGCUGCAGGAGAUGCUGCUGGGAGGGUCCUCCAGUGAUGCACCUCAUGCCCAUCACCCCCUGCACCCUCACCUGAUGCAGGAACACAUGGGCACCAACGUCAUUGUUGCCAACACGAUGCCUGCUCACCUCAGCAACGGACAGAUGUGUGAGUGGCCCCGACCCAGGGGGCAGGCAGCCACCCCUGAGACUCCACAGCCCUCGCCGCCAGGUGGCUCGGGGUCUGAGCCCUACAAGCUCCUGCCGGGAGCCAUCGCCACAAUCGUCAAGCCCCCCUCUGCAAUCCCACAGCCGACCAUCACCAAGCAGGAAGUCAUCUAG